UCAAGACAGGACUCCCUCCUCCUGAACAUCACAUCACUCCUGCACAAAAACACUCCUCUGAAGCAAAAGCGCCAGAACAGGGACGAUGGGAUUUUAAACCGAAAAGACUCAACAUGAAGACAAACUUAUAGUUUUUAUUAUUUUCUUUGUAUUAUAUAAGUUUUCUGCGUCGUUCUCCGCGGGAACAAGUUUAAACAACCUUUGCACUGGAUGCUGGGAUGCGCAGAAAGUGACAGGGGUCCUUCAUCUCUUCUACAGUCCUCAACGAGUUAUAAAACGCCAUGAAAGACGACUUUGCAGACGAGGAGGAAGUACAGUCUUUUGGAUACAAGAGGUUCGGGAUCCAGGAGGGCACCCAGUGCACUAAGUGUAAGAAUGAAUGGGCGCUGAAGACCUCCAUAGUUCUCCUCUAUGUGCUGUGUACUCUCCUCACCAUCGCUGUAGCUGUGCUUGGAUAUAAAGUGGUGCAAAGGGUAGACAGUGUGUCUGAAGGUAUUGCAAACUAUGGAGGAAAGAUAAUUGCUGUUGAGACUGAUUUGAAAAAGCUGGAUGAUCAAGCAGGGCAGAAGUCGGAGAACACCACCACAGAAAUCCAGGCUUUUAAGAACAACAUCUGGACUCUCCAGAGGCAGCUGUCUGCGGUGGAGGAACGCAUCCACAGCGAUCAAGUUAAGCUGAGUCAGCUGGAGAACAUUGGCUCAGACAUCCAGAACAACCAGGGCUCCAUUCAGGGACUGCUGGAUAGCAACACAGCCACCCUGCACUCUGUAAACAGCACCCUGCAGUCUUACGGCAGCAUCAUCGGAGGUCUGCAGGACGACACAGCCAGGCUGCAGAGAGAACUCCAGCAGCAGGUGAAACUUCAGGACCAGGCGCUUCUCAGCAUCAGCAGCCUUAACUUCACACAGGCCCAGCAGAGAGGCCUCAUCGCCGUCCUGCAGCGCUCAGUGGAUGACACUAGCCAGGCCAUCCAGAAAAUGCGCAAUGACUUUCAGAGCCUCGAGCAGACGGCCCGACAGACACGCUCUGAUGCAGAGUGGCUUCGCAGUAAGGUGGAAAACCUGCAGAUCAUGGCUAGUAAUGCCUCAGCUCUUGCAAAGGCCAACAACGACAACCUGGAAGAGGUGGGAUCGCAGCUCGCUUUUAUGACCAGUGAGCUCCAGAACACCAGCAGUGUGGCUGACGCUCACGACCAGACCCUGAGGGAGAUUCUGGACCAGCAGAGGGACUUCAGAAACCUCACGGCCACCAAGUUUGACCGGCUGGAGGUGCGGCUAGAUGAGUCAGAGCAGAGUAUGGACCGCGUAACUGGCAACAUCAGCUUCACCACGCAGCUCCUGGGCGCCAUCAACCUUAACCUGAACGAUCUACGCACUUGUUCCGAGACCAUCGGCCGUCACUCAGAUUUCUUACUAAACCUCAACAGCAGCGUGGCGGAUGUGAGGACAGACGCAGCCAGUCUGAGGUCCCAGCAGGAAGAGCUGGCAGCACGUGUGGACAAGGAGGUCACCAACAUCUCUUUUGUCAUGGAAGAAAUGAAGCUGGUGGACACCAAGCACUCGCAACUAAUAACCAACUUCACUAUUUUAAAGGGUCCUCCUGGUCCCAGAGGGCCAAGAGGUGACAAAGGACCUCAGGGACCAUCUGGUCAGUCUGGCCAGAAAGGAGAGAAAGGGGAAAAGGGUGCUCCAGGGAUACGAGGAUCACGAGGAGAGCAGGGUUCCCCAGGACCACCGGGUCUACCAGGGUUGAAAGGCCUGCCAGGCAUACCUGGCAGUCCCGGAUCGAAGGGUUCCCGAGGUUCAGGAGGGAGGGCCGGACCUCCUGGAACUAAAGGAGAGCCAGGUAGUGCUGGUCUGCCUGGAAGAGACGGGCAGCCUGGCCCUCAGGGGGCACAGGGUCCACCGGGUAUCAGAGGCUCAAUGGGACCAGCUGGGGAGCAGGGGCCAAGAGGACUGCCGGGACCAGUGGGUCCUCCGGGACCACCAGGACCACCGGGACAACCAGGGAUCCCAAUACGGAGUCCAGUAAUUCCUUUUGGCCCUGUGUCUCUGCAGGAUGAGGCAGUAGCUCCGACAAUGUGGACUCUAGGAUGCCCAUUUGAGUGGGUAAACUACAGAGACAAGUGCUACUUUUUCUCCAAAGACCUGCACAGUUUUGAUGACGCAAAGGCAACCUGUGAAUCAGCAUCUGCUUCACUGCUGAUCAUCAACGAUAUGGAGGAACAGAAAUGGCUGAAGAAACAGACCUUUGGAAAGGGUUACUUCUGGAUGGGUCUGACCGACAAGGAGGAGGAGAACAUUUGGCGCUGGCUGGACGGGACUGAACCUGCUUUCACGAAGUGGAAGCCUGGUCAGCCUGACAACUGGGGCCAUGGGCACGAAAUAGGAGAAGACUGUGCGGGACUCAUCCAUGAAGGGUUGUGGAAUGAUUUCUUCUGUGAAGAUCUCAUAAGCUACAUCUGUGAGAAGGAAAUGGAGAGCUCAAGAUCGCCUGGAUCGUAGCGCUGUCUAGAAAGGGAGCUUGCAGUGAGCAGCUAGACUUCCCCAUGUGGCACUGGUCCACUGACACAUCACAUGGAGAGUCCGUACGGAGAGAGCAAAGGGACAAUUUUUAAAUGAGCCCAGGGCUGCAGCAGCAAACGUCUUUCCCAAGCUGAAGAGAUGCCUUUCUCCUCCAAAGUGAAGCCAGUCCAACUUUACCAGCAAGUGCAAUACAGCAGGGCAACCAAAGAAGGAGGACUUUUAUUUUUUAAAGUACCAAAUCACCAAUUGAUUUAUAU